UCGGGUCUGUACUGUGGUCACCUGGAGUCCUCCCGUCUUCUUGACAACGGUUCCUCUACUGCUGGCACCGGUGCGGAUCAACCCUUCCGUAGCGCCUCUCUAACAAGUCACAGCAAGCUGAUUGCUUAUCCCACCGUGGCCGGCGAACACCUGAGCCUGCCCCUCGGCAUUGCCUUGACCGCCUUCCAUGUAGUUGUGGCGUACGCGGACCGGGUGAAGGUCAUCAACACCCUGGACGAUCGUCUU